GCCAGCUCAAGGAAGAUUCUUGGUCGUUCCAAACUUCUUCCAUUUAAGAAUGAUGUUGGCCACUGUGUUCUUGGGGACCUUUUUUAAAAUGUAUUUUUAUUUAACUAGGUAAGUCCGGUAAGAACAAAUUCUUAUUUACAAUGACGGCCUACAACGCUGGGCCAAUUGUACGCCACGCUAUGGGACUCCCAAUCACGGCCGGAUGUGAUACAGUCUGGAAUCGAACCAGGGGCUGUAGUGAUGCCUCUUGCACUGUAUUCCCCUGGGUUGUAGGAUCAUCUUGAAUACAAAUAUCAAUUGGCCUGGAGGUUUGUUUUGGGACCAAAUAUGGCACUUGUGAAUGUUAUUACCUUUGGAUUGCUCCUAAAAUGCGCUAUAGGCCUAAAGGGGUUUAAUACAUGAUCAAGUUGUGAUGAUUUCUGGUGUAUGUGUAUGCUUGUAGGGGACCUGCUUACAGUAGUUUAUCCAUGGCAAAACACAAUGCGCAACAUCAGGAAGUAGCAUUAGCCACUCUAGCAUGGUGGUGGGAAAUUGUGUUUUAUUCAAAUAGUACUUAUAUUUUCACGUUUUUUUAGGCUGAAGGGCAAUUAAACCGAUUUUAGGAGGAAACUGAUGCAUUUUGCAGCCUGAACGGAGGAUGUUUAAUGUAUGAGCCGGUCACAGGGGAACACCAGUGUAUAAACAGACGGCUGGGCACAUUACAGGUGGACGCAGAUGAUAUAAAAGGAAUAAUAGCGUCAUCUGGCUGUGGGUUGGGCUAAUUAUACAGCAACUGAGAAUAUAGUCUAGAAAGAGCAUGAUGGGCUGUUAUUACACAACAUAGCAGUAUUACAGUUUGUUUAUCUUGACCGUGCCCUUCAGUGAUUGUGCCCUUGAUUAUGCGUAGAAGCGGUCAGAAGGUAGUCUAGGUCUGUAUUGAGAUGGAGCGUGCACACUACAGUUCCCGACAUCCCAUCUCGGCAAUCGCUGUUCUCCUCUCAUGUUUACGCAUGAGGCGCUUCUGCAGUGAGCUGCUGGAUAUUGAUGUGCUUUAAUGUGUCACCUCUCCUCUCCUCCCUUCCUCUUACCUCUCCUCCCUCUCCGCUCUGUGUUCCAUAGAGACUCAGCGCGCUCAGAUGCACUUGGCGUUCAAGCGGUAGAAACAGCAGCGUGAGCGUCUCAAUGCAGGGGCAGCAAGAGCAUCCCGAUGGCCACCAGCACAAGAGACUGCGCUAAGCAGACGACCAGCGCGCGCGUUCAUCUGUGCUUCUCAACCCUGAACCUCCUCUAGCGAAGAGAGAGGUGCCCAAAUCCGUUUUAGGAUAUCGCUUUUUUGUUGUUGUCCCUCUUUCUGUCCAUUCGAUGAAGAAGAACUGAUGACGAUGUAUCGGCGAUGGUGGAUUUCCCUUUUGUGCGUCUAUGGACUGAUGUGCAUCGUUCAUUCCAGCAAUCAUAUACCUCGAAAUGGAGACGCCUUGUCGCAGGCGAAGGCUGUUCGUGAUGCGAGCAGGUUCGCCUGGAAGGAGGACACGGUCCCUCUCCGUCUGCUCUACAGCAUGCACAACCACAGUCAAAUCACCCACGAUGUCAUCAGCACCAGGACUAGAGCCAGUUCCAGCCCCACACAGGGGAACCACGUGGCCCAAGCCAGCUUCCAGGUGGAUGCGUUUGGUGAGCAGUUAAUCUUGGAUGUUGAACUGAACCAUGAUCUUCUGUCUUCAAAGUACGUGGAGAGGCAUAUUUCAGAAAAUGGGAAGGCUGUCAUCUUCAAAGGAGGAGAACAUUGUUAUUACCAGGGGGUAGUGCGGGACAUCCCUGAAUCCUUCGUGGCCCUCUCCACCUGCCACGGCCUGCAUGGGAUGUUCUUUGAUGGGAAUCACACCUACAUGAUCGAGCCUGGAGGAAAGGACCGCGUCAGCGGUGAUGUCCAGAUCCACAUGAUCUAUAAAUCAGCAGGACAAGAGGCAGCAGCUUCCUUCCUUCCUAUUGUUGACCUCCCAGAGCCUCCUUUCCCCAGCCCUCCAUUUCCUGGGUCAAAGGUCAUCCACAGGAGGAAGAAGAGACAGGCCCCGCGGGUUGGGGGCAGUGUGGCCGAGGAGACCAAGUACAUCGAGCUGAUGGUGAUCAACGACCAUCUGAUGUAUAAAAAGCAUCGUCUCUCUGUUGGUCAGACGAAUAACUACGCUAAGUCUGUGGUCAAUAUGGCUGAUAUGAUCUUCAAGGAGCAACUCAACACCCGCAUCGUGCUAGUUGCCAUGGAGACGUGGGCGGCUGACAACCGGUUCAACAUCGACGACGACCCCAUGGUGACCUUGAGGGAGUUCAUGAAGUACAGACGAGACUUCAUCAAGGAGAAGUGUGACUCUGUGCAUCUUUUCUCAGGGAACCGGUUCCAUAGCAGCUGGGGAGGAGCUUCCUAUAUGGGAGGAGUCUGUUCUCUAACUAAAGGAGGAGGAGUCAAUGAGUAUGGCAAGACAGAUGAGAUGGCCAUAACCCUGGCCCAGUCUCUGGGACAAAACAUUGGCAUCUUUUCUGACAAGAAGAGGAUCCUCAACGGCGAGUGCAAGUGUGAUGACCGUUGGUCUGGCUGCAUCAUGGAUGAUGUUGGCUUCUACCUGCCCAAGAGGUUCUCCAACUGCAAUGUGGAGGAGUACCACACCUUCCUCAACACUGGUGGUGGAGCCUGUCUCUUCAACAAACCCAUAAAGCUGGUUGACCCUCCAGAGUGUGGGAAUGGUUUGGUGGAGUCAGGGGAGGAGUGUGACUGUGGUAGCCCAGCGGAGUGCGAGAGGGAGGGAGAGAAGUGCUGUCAGAAGUGUACACUCACACAAGGCUCAAAGUGUAGCGACGGACUCUGCUGUAACAACUGUCAGAUGGAGUUUAUGGGCGUGGUGUGUAGGGAGGCAGUGAAUGACUGUGAUAUUCCAGAGAACUGCACUGGUAACUCCAGCCAGUGUCCCCCGAACGUGCACAAGAUGGACGGCUACUCAUGUGAAAAGGAACAGGGUCGUUGCUUCAACGGGAGAUGCAAGACCAAAGACAGACAGUGCAAGUACCUGUGGGGAGAGAAGGCGACCGCUGCUGACAAGUUCUGUUAUGAGAAGUUGAAUAUCGAGGGGACAGAGAAGGGGAACUGUGGGAAGGACAAAGACACAUGGGUCCAAUGCAACAAGCAAGAUGUGCAUUGUGGGUACCUGCUAUGUUCCAACAUAUCGCCGGCCCCCCGACUAGGAGAGUUGCAGGGGGGACUGACGUCCUUCUCUGUUGCACAGCAUAGCGCCUCCCUGGACUGCAGUGGGGGUCAUGUGAUGAUAGACGGGGACAGUGACCUGGGCUAUGUGGAGGAUGGGACAGCCUGUGGGACAGAGAGGGUCUGCUUCAACCACAAGUGUCUGCCCCUUCAGGAGUUCAACUUCAGCACCUGCCCUGGAACCACCGAGAAGACCAUCUGUUCUGGACACGGGAUUUGUAGUAACGAGCUGAAGUGUGUGUGUCACUUGGGUUGGACUGGAGACGAUUGUAACUCCACAUCUCCUCUCAGCUACCUGGUGGUUGGACCCACCGCCUCUGUAUCAGGUAUCACCAGUACUAACAUCAUCAUCGGGGCCAUCGCUGGCUCCAUUCUGUUCCUGGCUCUCAUCCUGGCCAUCACCGCCUGGGGAUACAAGAGCUACAGACAGCGGUGCUACGUUGAGUCAGAGGUUCACAGAAGAUUCUGCAGGCAAAUGCCUCCGGGUGACUAUGUGAAGAAACCCGGGGAUGCAGACUCGUUCUACAGUGACCUGGCCCCUGGGGUCAGCACCAACUCAGGCUGUAGCUCCAAGAAGAGGUCUGGCUGUCUGUCUAACCUGCAGAUAUACACGCUCUCUUUCCCCCCCUCCAUUGCCUCCAUCUCACAAAACAUCUCUCUGUUUGCAUUCAGGUCUAACGGUCUGUCCCACUCGUGGAGCGAGCGAAUCCCUGACGCCAAACACAUCUCUGACAUUUGUGAGAACGGACGACCCAGGAGCAACUCAUGGCAAGGAAAUCUGAGUGGAAAUCGCAAGAAGUCGAAAGGGAAGAAGUUCCGUCCUCGCUCCAACUCUACAGAGACGCUCUCCCCGGCGAAGUCGCCCACCUCCUCCACGGGGUCCAUUGCAUCCAGCCGGAGGUACCCUUACCCCAUGCCCCCCCUCCCCGACGACCAGAAGAAGGCCAACAGGCAGAGUGCCAGGCUGUGGGAGACUUCAAUAUAACACUCCUGUUAUCUACUCUGCAAAACUACAUAAGAACUACAUUUUCGUCCACUUUUCUAUGAAUUAAAAAAUACAAAGAAAAACAGUGAGUAACUGGUAUGAGCGGAAAAGAGAAGCAGAGGAAGAUGAAGAGGAGGAAGGUGUGAGAGUGUGUACGAGGUCCAUCAGACCUGACCUGCUCAGUAGGGGACGCUACAGGGGCCAUCUGUCAUUCCUACACUGACAAGCCAAGACAGAACGAGGCAAGACAAGAUCCCUUUCAGAUUAGUUGGAGAUCCACUAGAGAUCAGCCCUUCACUCAUUGGUGAGGAAAAAGCAAAGCUGUUGUGAUGGUAAUGGUGCAGACAGAGAGGAGAGGCCUUGUUGUGGAUGUCUCCCCCACUCCCAACAUCCCAACAUCCCCCCAGCUUCCACCACACUCUUCUAGCUCCUCCCUCAAACCGUCCCACCUUACCUUACUCACCUCUCCCCCCAACCCCCCUCUAGCCCUGCCCCUAUGUAAACUCUCUCCUCUGAUUGGUGCUCCUCUCUGUUGAGGGGCGCGGACAGCUAUCAUAUCGGCAGAUUUCUCUACCAUUUUGAAGCACGCUGUUUAAUUACUGUAGAAAACUCCAACACUGUAUGCAUGAGAACCCCCUGUUAAUCAACUCUUCCUAGUGUCACAAAGAAGAAGAAGUCUGGGACGGACAGCAUGCGGGGGAUGGUGAUGUCAUACGUACUGUAGGCCUUUAAGCUUUCUUUACAUUAUAGGCUUCUUCUAUCUCUGUGAUCAGCGACUCAUUAUGAACUGUAUCACACAUUAUACUAGCCAACUGCCCCUGACAUGGACCCUAGACCCUAGACCUUAGACCCUAGACACUCCCUGUUCUCUUUCUUUCGCCGUGUCAGGUUUUCCUGAAGGAUUUGGUUAUCGUUGUAAAUAUGUACAGCUUAAAGGCAGAGUAAUGUAUGCUUUUCUUUUUUACUUACUGGGAGGCGAAUGAUGAAGGGAUGCUCCCCCUAUCCUCCUCCUGCUGUGGUUCGUGUUGUAGACAGACAGGGUCUCCGUAGGUCUUUGUAGAGACCCCGUACUUGUUUUUUCUGUCUGUUUCUCUCUUUUCAUUUCUGGCUGAACUCUCUCUCUUCUCUCCCGUGUGUCUGUGUGAACACUCCAGCUUUCUUUUUCUUCCACAGCAGAAUGUACAAACAGUGUUCUAUAUUUCCUCUUUGUGUCAUCCCUUUCUCUGAGUAAUGCACUCAGUCACAGCCCGUCAUAAUUAAGACAGUAAACUUAAGAAUGUCAUUGAUUUAUAACAUUAACUGAGCAUUUUAUCCAUUUGAAUAUUGAUAAUGAUGAAUAUGAUUUGAACUAAGAUAGUCCCAUGAGCCCUCCCUCGCUACAGAGGGGAGAGAACAAGUGUUCUUUUGUAGUUUUAGAUGUGAUAUUCAUGUUCAUUUGGUAAUGGUGAUUUAGAGAAGUUGGAGAAAUGUCCUGUGACUAUAAUCAUUCCACACUACGGUCUGUCUGUACAGCAGGGACAGACUGGCCAUCUGGCAUUUUGGGCAAAUGCAAGAUGGCCUGGUCCAUUUUUUAACACCGUGGGCCUGUCUUACUUGUUUUCUGGGGGGGCAAAAUGAUAAUUAUCUUGCUAAAAAUGGGGGCCUCGAAGAAAGAAAUGGGCCGUUGUGUUUAAAAUGCCAGAGCUGAUUUCUGGUCCCAGUCCGCCCCUGGUGUACAGUGUGAGACCAGACAUAACAGAUAGAUACAACUGGAACCGACAACGCCACUGAGAUCCAACUGGACAAUGUGGGAAUAACAAUGUGGAAACUGAACAUUGUGUCAGAUGAAUUUGGAAUUUGUUUGGAUAAAAUGAUUAAAAUGUGCAUUUUUGCUUUUGUUUUGUUUCCUACUGUAAGUUUGCCCUGCUGUCUGUAGAUGAUGAAGUGUCCUGUACAGUGCUUGCUGUUUGAGAUUUACAAGACCAACAGAAUGACAAUGGAUCUACUAGCUAGCACACUAUCGCUGUUCUCUGGUAGUCUGUCUGUGAGGCUGUAAUACGAAAUAAGCAUGACAUUGAAAUACUUUUUCCUUGAUUGCCAAUUGCUGUUAUCUUCUUGGAAUUUCAUACCAUAAACCCCAUAUCAGUAGUGAACAGGUUUUCAACAUAAUCAACCAGGUCUCAAACAUUUUCAUGAAUGGCCCAAGUAAUCUAGUGGUUUAAAUGUGGCUUAAGAUUCAGGUUCUUACCUACGCAGAGUAGGAUAAAGUGUCCCUAGUCACUGAUCCAAGGUCAGUUUUGUAUCUUACCCCCCUGAUGGUAAAUGUUGUGAAUUGGGGAGUGGAAAGCUGAUCUUAGAUCUGUGGCUAAAGGGAAACUUAUUUGUACAGAAGUCACAACCUCCAUCCUGUAGUUACUAUACUGUCCAUAUCAGUUAAGCCUGCUGUAUGUUAACUCCGUAUGCUUAAGUUUAAAAUGUGGGCACUGAUAGUUUUGAUUUUCUACUGUAUGCAUUAUGACUGCAAAGAUAUUAAGAUCACCACUAUAUCACAUUAAUAUUGCUACUGUAUGACAAGUCUCAAGUAUUUUUUUUUACUCUUAAGUACCUUUAUAUGUUCACUUCUCAGUGUUGUGUACAGCCGUUAUUCAGACAGACCAACUGCAUUAUUGUUCUUCUGUGCGUUGAGUGGAACGGAGAUAUGAUGCGGCCAUUUUAGUUUUUUAAAGCACACAUUCGUCUUGGACUGCUCUGGCAUGUGAAGAUCUGUACGUGUCUUCUAUGUUAUGAUGGGACGCAGCUAUGGCAACAUGGGGUGCAUUAUGCUAUAGAGAUCUGUGCAGGUGAAUGCAUGUUGACUAAAGCUCUCAUCAUCACUCUUGUCUUAUUUCAAUUACGAUAUGAUUGGCUGGUGCUUAGUAACUUGAGUUUUGACCAAGGGAUUCCCUAGGCUGUGGUAAUAUGAAAAUAAAGGAUCAUACUUGUCAAGCAAUAUUUUAAAUAUCAUAUUGUCUUAAUUCUGACAUCUAUGAUAAUUUACCUGCAGGUCAUAGGAUUGAGGUAUAUUAGAUGGUGGCAGGUGGAACCUGUCCAGGUAACAAGAUGUAACUGUCUGAUGUGUGUUAUCUGUAUUAGUGGCUUGACUGACGUAACCCAACCGGACCCACAGAGAAACGUCCAAAGUAGGGACAGAUUCAUGAAUGUAUCAAUACAACAAAGUACCAGCCGUAGCCUGUGGAGAAGUAGGUUAUAUCAGGCCUCUGAAUGCACCAUGCAGUCUACUGAGACGUAGGUUAUAUCAGGCCUCUGAAUGCACCAUGCAGUCUACUGAGACGUAGGUUAUAUCAGGCCUCUGAAUGCACAUUGCAGUCUACUGAGACGUAGGUUAUAUCAGGCCUCUGAAUGCACCAUGCAGUCUACUGAGACGUAGGUUAUAUCAGGCCUCUGAAUGCACCAUGCAGUCUACUGAGACGUAGUUUAUAUCAGGCCUCUGAAUGAACCAUGCAGUCUACUGAGACGUAGGUUAUAUCAGGCCUCUGAAUGCACCAUGCAGUCUACUGAGACGUAGGUUAUAUCAGGCCUCUGAACGCACCAUGCAGUCUACUGAGAAGUAGGUUAUAUCAGGCCUCUGAACGAACCAUGCAGUCUACUGAGACGUAGGUUAUAUCAGGCCUCUGAAUGAACCAUGCAGUCUACUGAGACGUAGGUUAUAUCAGGCCUCUGAAUGAACCAUGCAGUCUACUGAGACGUAGGUUAUAUCAGGCCUCUGAAUGCACCAUGCAGUCUACUGAGACGUAGGUUAUAUCAGGCCUCUGAAUGCACCAUGCAGUCUACUGAGACGUAGGUUAUAUCAGGCCUCUGAAUGCACCAUGCAGUCUACUGAGACGUAGGUUAUAUCAGGCCUCUGAAUGCACCAUGCAGUCUACUGAGACGUAGGUUAUAUCAGGCCUCUGAAUGCACCAUGCAGUCUACUGAGACGUAGGUUACAUCAGGCCUCUGAAUGCACCAUGCAGUCUACUGAGACGUAGGUUAUAUCAGGCCUCUGAAUGCACCAUGCAGUCUACUGAGACGUAGGUUAUAUCAGGCCUCUGAAUGCACCAUGCAGUCUACUGAGACGUAGGUUAUAUCAGGCCUCUGAAUGCACCAUGCAGUCCCAUCCUGCUGUAGUAUGCUCCUACUGUGACCUUAACCCUCAUAUGUACCGCUACAAAAUCUAUAUACAGUCCCAAAUGAUUGACACCCUGCAUAAAGAUGGGCAAUAAUGAUAAUUCAAAUACUGAACUAAAUUGUAUGUAACAAAACAAAAUUGGGAAAUUAUAUUAUUUGAUAAAAAUAAUUUUGCUCAGAGAAAGAUCUACCUCAAAAGGUUAGGGGUCAGAAUGAUUGAAACGCCAAAGCGUUCUUAUAAAGUAGUCAAAAGUUUCAUAUUCGGUCCCAUAUUCCUACAGCACACAAUGACCACACCAAGCUUGUGACUCUAAAAACUUGUUGGAUGCAACAAAAAUGUGUCAUUGCGUGCUAGGAAUACGGGACCAAAUUUAUUUUGGACUGACUUUAUUUCUAAGAAUCUUUAGGGGUGUCAAAUUUGACAUUCCUUUGAGAAAAAUAAUUAUUACGUGUUAAACAAUCUUUCACUGAGCAACUGUUAUUGGUAUAAAUCAAUCGUUUCCCCCUUAAAAAAAUACAAUAUAGCUUAGUAGUUGAAUUAUUUCAUACAAUCAUUAUUGCUCAUCUUUAUGGAGGGUGUCAAUCAUUAAGACCCCACUGUAUAAUUACAGCACUUGUCUUUUACUGUAUGCUGUACAUAGACUGACAAUGCAAAAACCAAUGCCCAUAUUUGUUUUUCUUACAAUAUCAUUCAGUAUUGCAAUAUAUUUAAUAUAAAAUAAAACUUUCAUCAAUA